ACAGUUCGCAUAGCAUCCGGGCAGCAGCAUGGCUUACAAGGUGAUCAUCUUCGCGGCGGUUGUGGCUGUGGCCCGCGCCAUCUACCUGGACGCUCCGUACGCCGCCCGCGCUUAUGCUGCCCCCGCCUACGCCACCGCCCCUGCUGUAGUCGCCGCCGCCAGCCCCGCCGUCGUCGCCGCCCCCGCCGUCCGCGCUGCCCCUGUGGCCGCCGCCGCCCCCGCAGCCGUGGCCGCCGCCGAGUACGACCCGCACCCGCAGUACAGCUACGGCUACAGCGUGUCCGACGCGCUCACCGGCGACUCCAAGACCCACCAGGAGAGCCGCGACGGAGACGUCGUCCAGGGCAGCUACAGCCUGGUCGAGCCCGACGGCUCCGUGCGCACCGUCGACUACACCGCAGACCCCGUCAACGGCUUCAACGCCGUCGUGCACAAGGAGGGCGGAGUCCACCCGCCUGUUGCCGCCCCCGCUCCUGUGGCCGUGGCCGCCCCCGCCGUAGCCAGGGCUGCCAUCGCCGCCCCCGCUGUGGCCGCCGCCCCUGUGGUGAGGACCGCCGUCGCCGCCCCCGCCAUCGCAGCCGCCCCCAUCGCCAGGGCAGCCAUCGCAGCUCCAGCCUACGCCACCUACGCCGCCGCACCCUUCGCCAGGGCUGCUUACGCUGCCCCUCUCUACCAGUACGGUAGAGCUUACCUCCUUGUCAUUCAUGAUAUUUCAUGUCCAGCCGGCGAGGACACGGCAGCAGAGUUCGUCGAGCGUCCGGACAACGACAUGGCUUGCAAGGUGAUCAUCUUCGCGGCGGUGGUGGCUGUGGCCCGCGCCAUCUACCUGGACGCUCCUGCGGUGUACGCUCCGUACGCCGCCCGCGCCUACGCCGCCCCCGCUUACGCCGCCGCCGCCCCCGCCGUCGUCGCCGCCCCCGCCGUCCGCGCUGCCCCUGUGGCCGUCGCCGCCCCCGCCGUGAGGGCCGCCGCAGUGCCGGUAGCCGCCGCCGCCCCCGCAGCCGUGGCCGCCGCCGAGUACGACCCGCACCCGCAGUACAGCUACGGCUACAGCGUGUCCGACGCGCUCACCGGCGACUCCAAGAGCCACCAGGAGAGCCGCGACGGAGACGUCGUCCAGGGCAGCUACAGCCUGGUCGAGCCCGACGGCUCCGUGCGCACCGUCGACUACACCGCAGACCCCGUCAACGGCUUCAACGCCGUCGUGCACAAGGAGGGCGGAGUCCACCCGCCGGUCGCCGCCCCCGCUCCUGUGGCCGUGGCCGCCCCCGCCGUAGCCAGGGCUGCCAUCGCCGCCCCCGCUGUGGCCGCCGCCCCUGUGGUGAGGACCGCCGUCGCCGCCCCCGCCAUCGCAGCAGCCCCCAUCGCCAGGGCAGCCAUCGCAGCCCCCGCCUACGCCGCCUAUGCCGCCACCCCCUUCGCCAGGGCUGCUUAUGCUGCUCCUAUCUACCCCUAUGCUAGAACGUACCUCCGCUAAAUCAUUUUAUGGUUAUCAGUCAUAUAUUGUUGCUGCUUCUGUGGAAACCCGAUGGUCAUCUCUGUAUUUAUGUCGUAUAAAUAAAGGCGUUGACUCAUA